CUGACUCGUAUUCUCUUUCCUUUCUUCUUUCUUCUUCUUCCUUCUUUACGUUAUCCUCUGUGUACUCUCAAGCAUCUCCCAUCCACGGCCUCAUUACAGGACAAGAUGCCGACCUCACUCUACAAUACCCAGUUCGACCAAGAAGAACAAGAUUUGAUCUUCGCGCCUUCUGAUGUUUCCCCGACAGACGCUCUUUUUCCUCCUGAACUCACUGCUCUCUUCUCAGACAACCAGUUCCCCUUAGAUAAUCCGUCAAAUAACUUUGGAGGGAAUCAUCAACACCGAGGUUCCCUCUCUUCAAAUGAGGAUUCACUUCCUUUCCUGUCACCCACCAACCCACAGUCAAUGUCCUCGACCUCACCACGUCUUUCCCUUUCUCCAUCAACAGGUGAACCUUCCUUUCAUCUCACAUCACAUUAUUCCUACGAUCAAUCGUCGCACUCUCCGCAUAGUCACAGUUCCGCUUCACCUUUAUCGAGUUCCGGAACGGAUGAUGUUUUUCUGGCUAGAAGCUUUGAAGGUGUGAGCGGUGGCGAAUUGGAUAUGUUCCUGCUUUCAGAGCCGAUCAAUGAUUAUCCAGUCAAUUCCGAUGGGUUUGGAGGACAGAAACCUGGGCAGUCUCUGUUUUUGCCCGGCCGGACAGAAGGAUUCAAUGGGAUGGGUGAUGAGUGGAUUCAAGACCUCUUUAAGGACCCUCUUCAAGAAAAUGGUCUUGACAAUAUUAAUCAACAACCGCAGCCACAGCCUGAUGGUCUUGACUUUGAUCCGAUACUAGCAGGGCUCCAACAACGGCCUCAGCAACAACCAUUGCAGCAACAGAAGCAGCAGUUUGGGCAAACCAUCCAGCCUCAGAUGGUGAAGCAAGAACCUCUAAUAAAGCAGGACAGUUGGAGCAACGGGCAAAACUUGAGCAACUCUCAACACGGUUUCACUUUUACUCACCCUCCAUUUGCUCCCAGGAACCAGGCUCAGGAUAUCAAACCCGCUUCUAUCCCUCGCACUGCGAGUGUGCGCCGUCCCACCGCCUCUAAAUCUGAAACAAUUACAGCUGCUGCCCCUGCUCCUACUAUUGGAAAGCACAACAAAACUGAGCGCCGUUAUCGCCAGAAGGUGCAAGCUGCUCAAGCCGACUUGCGGGAUGCCAUACCUGCACUACGUCUGUUGUACGGGACUUCCACUCCUGAACAGCUUGCCACUACCGAUAUUCGUGCACCUGACGGGACAGUUGACGGUCUCGGAGAGGUGACUAGACCGAACGCUAGUGCGAAAGCCACCAUUUUGAUAGGGGCGAGGGUAUAUAUUGAACUCUUGCAAAAACGCUCAGCAAAGCUUCAGAGGAUGGUCAAUGAGCUUGAGAAAUUUAGGGGAGCGGUGGAAGGUGAAGCGGGCCUUGCGGCUUGGAAGGAAGACUUUGGACGAAGAGAAGCAGAAAUUGAUAGGGUAGAAGCUGAACAAUUAGCGGCCAAGCUCAAGGAAGAGGAAGAUGAGAGUGAAGGAGAAGAUGAUGAUGACGACGAAGAACCUUCCAAAAAGCGUAAACGUACGGCUGCGCCAAAGGCCAAACCCAAAACAGCAGCCAAGACCAAAAUCACUCCUCAGUCGACUGCCGCUGCUGGUGCUCGAGUGUUCGCAGCAUUUGCUAUGUCAUUCUCUUUCGUCCCUUCUGCUUCCACCGUCUUCCGUUCAAAUCCACAGCCCCAAGCUCUGGCAACCGAUAAAGUCCUUGGGUAUGCGACAAAUCAACAAAUCCUUGCCAGUGUACCGUUAAUCAUUGCGGAGCAUACAUCGCGCCUCCUUGCCCGUAGUCUUCCGAGCGCCCUUGUUCCCCUCCCCACAACCCUGCUCGAGUGGACAUGGAGACUUGUUGUCGCUGUUGUUCUUGCUGUGGUCAUGCGUCCGAUCAUCUCGAAAUUGACCACCAAAUCGGACGAGAAGGCUAGGCCAGGUACAGUAAAGGGUGUUCUAAAAGAUGUUGUCGGGAUCGUUUCGAGAAAGAAGGCCCAAAAGACUGAAUGGGAAAGAUUUGCUGCAGGUGUCGUUGGUCGAGCCAAUAAUGUGUCUACACUGGCAAAGUGGCACACUAUCUUACAUCUUAAUGUCACCGCGUCAUCACCCUAUUCUCUUGCACUCCUUGCACUUCUUCAGCCUGAAUGUUCUCUUCUGCGUUCACCGCAGCAACUCUGGCUCACUGCCCAGUCACGUGUUGAUGGAACUACACCUCCCGCUUUAGUUACUGUGCUUGGAUUGCCCUUGCACGAAGCCUUGCUUUGCCUUUCUUCUCUUCCUCCCACCUCUGCACCGCUUUCCGCACUCGCCGAACAGAUCACUCUCAUUCAUGUUCACGAUCUCUACACCCGUUUAUUCAUCCACCUGGUCGAAGCUUCUACCGCUUCCCCCCUUUCCACCACGUCACUCAAAUCCCUCCUGUCCGCUCUUGAAUCUCACAACUUGGGUGCCAACCUCAAAGCAUCCGCUUUUGACAAGGAAAUCAAAAGCGUGAUGCAAGGUACUCAGAAGGGAUCAGUUGUGCACGCUCUCGGCUUGGUAUUGAUUGGACUUUGGGGGAUCUUUACGGGGCCUAGUUCCUCAGCUCAAGCAUCCCUUGCGGGGGCACUUGCAGCUGACCAGGUUUCAGGCGCAACUCAUGGGCUCAAUUCAGUUUCAGCUUUGCUUGAACUCCUUUAUCCCGGCUGUGCCCCUGUCUCUCAAGCCCCCGCUUUCGUCAAUCCUCUUUCACCAAACGCUCAAAAAGUCGAUGCCCUUGCACUGUCAAUCAUUGAAUAUCUUUCUCUUCUUCUCACCGCUUCUCGUUCCACAGAGGCCACGAAUAUGGACCGAGAAGGUAGGAAAGAAGAAAGUCUCGGUGUUCAGCGGAAGGUAGUCAAGUUGAGAGGAGUAUUGAACAAGACUGGAUGGGUGGGUGUGGAAUCUCAGCUCGAUGCGGAUGACUUUGAGGAAGUUUACGAUCAGCCAGAGGAAUUCACACUAGGAGAUGAAGCGGAUAAGCGUGAUUUCAGACCUCAUCAACUUGAGAGCGAGAGAAUACAUUACGAGCGGGCGAAGGAGAGACUGGUAGACAUUCUUGCCAGGAUUGGCAGGCGGGCUGCAGGAAGAGCUAAUGGAAGAGAUGAAGAUUCGGGACUGGAGGGCGAUUUAGAUGAACUGUAACGAAUAUCGUCCAUAUUUUUGUUUUUUUUUUUUUUUUUUGUUUUUUGUUUUUUUUUUUUGCUUUUGUUCUGUGUAAGAUUUUUUGGUCCCAUCCUGUUGAUUAAUAUGUAU